AUGCACAGAGCGUGGAACUCGAGUCUGAAAGCGCUGCUCCUGAACGCGGUCCACAUGACCUGUACCGCGCACAUUCUCAAUUUGAUUUGCGAAGUCUGGCAGAAUGAAUUCAAAAUCGUCAAUGAGCUGGUGGUUUCUGUCAAAAAAGUGCUAGACUCUUCGGUAUUGAGCGGCCGACUUCCGCCAGAUGAUGACGAUGACGAUUCGAUGGAUUCCGAGAAAGCUCUGGAACUCAUCCGGUGCGCUAUCGAGAGCGACUCGGAUGUCGACUCAGACGAUCUGGAGUGGUCGGCAAGUCCUGCUAGAAGAGACGGUACCGACGGAAACUCCAAUCACACUCCCGAAGACAAAUCAUCGGCGCUACCGGAAAGAAGAGAUUCACCCGAACGUAAAAAGAAACAAGAGGAAGAGAUCAUAGUGAAACGUGAAGUGAAGAGAGAGGAGCCCGAAGUCAAAGUAGAACCGAGCCAGGAAGCCGAACCGAUGGUACAUCGCAGGGAUGAAUUUCCACCGAAUUUGAUGGAAUUCUCGCGGAUGGUUGCGGAAAAUGAGUUCACCGCAGCCGCCGCUGCGGUCGCCGCCGAUAGCCUCAGCGGAAUGAAUGCUCUGGAUUUCCGUCGGUUCGCAAUGCUGGGGAUUCCCAAUCAUCUCCUGCUGGAGUCAGCAGCAGCAAACAUUCACCAAUCCUUGGUUCACGGCUUGCAUCAUGGCCCAUUGGUGUCGCCGAUGAUGGAUCAGAGAAUGUCUCCGGCCGCAAUGGCGAAAAGCUUCGGACGACUCCCGCUAUCUUUAGGGGGUGGGGGAGGAAGCGGGCCUGAGAAGAACCGUUCGGGUCUUUCAGGGCUCUCAGCAUUUCCUCCGGUAGACAAAGAGUCCGAACCCACGCCCAGAAAAAGACGAUUGGGUGGUGGUGGGGCCUCUACAGUGAAUCAGCUCAUCGACGACAACGCGAAAUGCUCGUCGACGUCGGGCCCAAGCGAAGAAAUAACCGAUCUCGAAGAGUUGGAACAAUUCGCCAAAACCUUCAAGCAGAAAAGAAUUAAACUCGGUUUCACCCAAGGUGAUGUCGGCCUCGCAAUGGGCAAACUCUACGGAAACGAUUUUUCCCAAACAACGAUCUCGCGCUUCGAGGCACUGAAUCUCUCAUUCAAGAACAUGUGCAAGCUCAAACCGUUGCUGCAACGGUGGCUACAAGACGCCCACGCUUCUCUGGGCCCUCAGCCUGGGGCGUCUCAUGCCGCUGGUGGAGCAUCUAGUGAAGUGGUCCCUCCGGCGGCUCAACAAACUCAACCUUCAAACCACGGCGGCCACGCCCAUACCAUGGCUUCAGCAGGUGUUCCCCUCUCGUCCGCUAUCCUCCAAGCCGAGUCGAUUUGCCGGCGCCGUAAAAAGCGAACCAGCAUCGAGUCCGCAGUGAGGGUGGCUCUGGAGAGAGCAUUUCUGCUUAACUCAAAACCGACGUCCGAGGAAAUUGCCGCAUUGGCCGAUAGACUCGCUAUGGAGAAAGAGGUGGUUCGCGUGUGGUUCUGCAAUCGUCGUCAGAAGGAGAAACGCAUCAAUCCGUCUCUAGCCCUCCAGGGUGGGCCUUCGUCACCUCCCGCCAACGUGGUCAAAACACCCCAACAGCACCCUCAGCAACUUCAACAGGGCCUGUGCAUGUCCGAUUCUUCGGUUCUGGAGAGACACGGGGGUUCUUUCAGUUUGCAUUCUGCCAGCGGACUCGUCGGCGACGACAGCGACAGCGACCACUCUGACCUCAAUGGUGGCGUGCCUUUAGACUAG